GUCACGCAAGGCGUCAACGAAAACGUACAAAUUCGAGCAAAGUGCCCAAGAAGCUUUGGGCUGGUCAAGACGCGCACUCCGCUCAAGCUCAGUGUGAUAACGUUCGUCGCGCUCUGAACAACGUGAAACGCGCUUUUCAGUUACAAACUGUGUGUUGUUGUUUUUGUUAAGUUUAAAUUUGACUUUGACAGAAUGAAGCUGCUGCUGGGUAUUGUAAUUACGCUUGCCUGCCUUGCCACGCCCACGCCCGCGCAGUUCAAUCGCCGACAAGUACGCCAGAACUGCAUUACGCCUGAGAAUUAUUACGGCAGCUGUGUGACGUUGAGCUACUGUCCCCAGGUGACGCAAGUGUUCCAAGUAACCGACAGACGCACUGCCCAAAACUAUGUCUUUGCCUUGCAGCGCGCCUGUGGCACGCGCAGCGUCAAUGGUGAUCCUGUGGUGUGCUGCACACGACCCAUAACAAAUGCGGUAACAACAACCGAGCGACCAACGAAUCCUUUCUUACCAACAGAAGGAUCAUUUGUGCGUCCGCAGCCGCAGCCGCAGCCACGCACCACAGAGGCGCCCACACGCAAUCCCUUCUUCAGCACCACAACCACAGCCAGACCAACAGCAGCGCCUGUUACCUCCGCACCACAGAUACUGCCAGCCGGACCCAGCUGCCGCAUACCUCCUGGCAAGCUAGGCGUCUGCGUGGACAUCAAGAGCUGUCAGUCCGUGGUAAGCGAGCUGCUCGUUAAGCAAAACGAUGCGGAAUUUGCCAAAUAUGUGCAGGGCCUGAAUUUACUUUGCAACCGCGUGGGCCAAAUGGUCUGCUGCCCCACGGGUCAGAAUGAAGCCACUCAAGCGCCAGUGGUUGCUGUGAAUUCAAAUGAAAUACCACGUCGCUUGCCUACGGUUGAGGAGGGCUGCGGCUAUACGGCGGUUACGUUCAAGAAAAUUGUGGGCGGCACUGUUGCCAAGCCAGGCUCUUGGCCUUGGAUUGCUUUAAUCGGUUACGAUGAUGCCUCCUCCUCGCCUUUCAAGUGCGGCGGCGCUUUAAUAACUGCCAGGCAUGUGAUUACAGCGGCGCAUUGCAUUCGAGAUGAUCUCACCUUUGUGCGUCUGGGCGAGCAUGACUUGGGCACGGAUGCGGAGGCACGCCAUGUGGAUAUACCAGUUGUUAGGCGUGAAUCGCAUCCAGACUACAAUCGCCGUAAUGGACGUGGUGAUAUUGCCAUACUCUACUUGGAGCGCAAUGUGGAGUUUAUCAGCGGCAGCAUUGCGCCCAUUUGCAUGCCCAGUAGCCCAAGCUUGCGUGCCAAAUCAUAUGUGGGCAGCUCACCGUUUGUUGCUGGCUGGGGCAAGACGCAGGAGGGCGGUCAAUCCGCCACAGUGCUGAACGAGCUAAUGAUACCCGUUAUGGAUAACUCGGUGUGCCGCACCAGCUAUGCCAAGGUAAUGCGCUACUUCAGCGAGGAUCAGUUCGACAAGGCUGUCAUUUGCGCUGGCGUCUUAUCGGGCGGCAAGGAUACUUGUCAGGGUGACUCAGGCGGUCCAUUGAUGACAGUCGAGGGCAUUAACAAUCAGCAGCGUUUCUAUCUGAUUGGUGUGGUGUCCUAUGGCGUGGGCUGUGCGCGUCCCGAUGUGCCUGGUGUUUACUCCAGCACGCAGUACUUUAUGGACUGGAUACUGCAAAAGGUGCAGGAUACCAACUAAGCAAAUAAACAGUCAAGCUCAAUACUGAGCUGCAUGUUCUAACACUGAGAUUAGCAUAAAAAUAAAAAGACAACUAUAAAUAUAA